AUGGCGACCGGGAUCCGUCUCGACGAUCGCGUCGUGCUGGUCACCGGCGCCAGUCGCGGCCUCGGACGCGGGUACGCGGUCGACCUCGCCGGCCGCGGCGCCGCCGUCGCCCUCAACGGCCGCGACCCGGACCGCCUCGACGAGGUCCGGCGCGAGAUCGAGGACGGCGGCGGGCGGGCCGUCGUCGCUCCCGGCGACGUCGGGGUACCCGGGAUCGCCGAGGACGUGCUCGCCGCCGCCGCCGCGCUGGGCCCGCUCGACGCCGUGGUGAACAACGCGGCGAUCAACCGCGACCGCACGGUGGCCAAGAUGUCCGACGAGGAAUGGUCCGAGGUCAUGCACGCGGGCCUCGACGGGACGUUCCGCGUCUGCCGCGCCGUGGUCAGGGCCUGGCGCGCCGCGGGUCGCGGCGGGCGGAUCGUCAACACCGCGUCGGUCGCGGGCCUGUACGGCAACGUCGGCCAGGCGAACUACGCCGCCAGCAAGGCGGGGGUGAUCGGCUUCUCGCUCAGCCUCGCCCGCGAGGUCGCCCCCGCGGGGAUCACGGUCAACGUCGUCUCGCCGCGUGCGGUGACCGACAUGAGCGAGUCGAUCCCCGAGGAGCGGCGCCGAGCGUUCUACGACAUGCAGUCGCGGACCAACACCCUCGGGCGCCCCGGGACGCCCGCCGACGUGGCGCCCGUCGUCGCGUUCCUCUGCAGCGAGGAGAGCGCCUACCUCACCGGGCAGUCGCUCGUGGUGACCGGGACGCCGGGGUCGUCGGUGGGCUGA